AUGCACAGGCCACUCCACAAUUGUUGCUUUGCGGCGACCUACCUGGCAGCCCUGAUCCUAACCCUUUUCACUGCCAAUGCCCCUCGAACUGUUGCGUUCUCUUUCGGCGGUGCAAACAGUUACUACCUCUACACCUUCCGCACCGCUGACCAGAUUCAAGUACUGGACGCAAUGCAGGCCGCAGGCUUUCGCACGCUGCGCAUUUCUAUUGCUGCGCAGGGUGAAAAUCAGACGGGCUCCAAUAACUACGGUGUCCCGGAUGUCGAGCACCCCGUCGGCAUGUACGAUGACAGAAUCCUCACCAUGAUCGAUGACCUGAUAACACGCGCCUUCCAGCGGGGCAUCAAGCUCAUCAUCACGCUGCAUGACCGCUACAGCCUCGGCUGCUGGGGAAACAACGCUUACGUAGACAAGUACAACAUUCCAACCACGAACGCUUGCGGCUACGGUGGCGUUGAGGACAAUGACCUAAACGCCUUUUACAACAACGCCAAUGCUGCCGCCGACAUGGACCGCCGCUUCACGCACAUCAUCUCACAUCGCCACCCCGGCUUCAGCAACCGCCCCUGGAGCGCCAUCCCUGAGGCCAUCCUCGGCUUCGACAUCCAGAACGAGGGACAGGCCCACCAGCGAAAUGGUAACAUCCCCAACCCCAAUUGGAUCUGUGAGCGUGCCAAGAAACUCAAACCGCAGCUGUCGUCGGGGAUGCUGGUGCUGACUGGCGCUGGUGCCGACGUGUGGGACUCGGUACUGUCGCAGCACUUCGCAUGCUCGUCCAUCGACGUGGUAUGUGUGCACAGCUACAUGGCCGACGACUGGAGCAGCAAGCUGCCGCCCGUUAUCCAGGCCGCCAAGCAGGACGGCAAGCGCAUUAUCGUGGAAGGAUUCGGUGCCACAGGUUGGGGCAGUAAGGCGGCGGGCCUACAGAAGCAGAUCGACGUGUUCCAGAACUUAGGUGUCCCAUGGAUGGUGUGGCAGGUUGUUAAGCCCAACAACUACGAUAAUUACGAGGUCUUCACGGACGAUACUGACUCCUGGAGCGUGCUCAGCAGUGCUGCCCGCGCAGCGCCAGGUCUUGGGGGCGCAUUUGUAUGGCCAGAGUUCACCGGAGGCUCCACCAAGCAUCCCCCGCCACCCAAGGCCGCGGGUAAGCGCCCACCGCCACCCAAGGUCGCCAGUAAGCGCCCACCGCCACCCAAGGUCACGAGUAAGCCCCCACCGCCAACUAACAAUAAAUGCGCCAAGUGCAAUAUCCCGCUGUGCCGGGGCGGUUGCAAAUGUGACAACAACUGUGAUUGCCGGCCCGGGCUCGGUGGUGCAACUUGCGACAAAUGUAACCUGCCCCAGGACCAGGGUGGCUGCGUUGUAGUAUUGCCCUUGGGCAUUCGGCUCGUAUGGGUAGUUUUACAGCUGAACCUGGGCAUUUCCGCCAAGCAGGGCUCGUUCUAA